GGGGAAAAAAAAGGGAAAGAAAGAAAACUGCAGUGCAAUAAGAACAAAGAGGAAAGAAGAUGGAGAAGUGGAGAAGGAAGAGGCAAAACAAAAAAAGAGAGGGAAGGAAGGGAAAAAGAUUCAUAUCUCUAGAGUUCUUAGAAUUGAUGGAGAGGAGAGGUCUAGUCCCAAUUUUCUUUCAAAUUAUUUAGUUCGCAUUCCACGUACAAACAACAGCGACACUGCUCCAACAACAGCGACAGUGCUCAUUAAUGUGAUUAUAAUCGAUAUUGAAGGUUAUCCAAUUUGAUCAAUUUGCUUUGGAACCGUAGAUGGCGGAUUCCAAAGCAAACUCGGGAAUUUCAGAGGAGACGUCGCCUGAUUUGUUGAAGAAUACGCCAUGGAAUAUUGCGAGAUUGGAGGAUGUGAUAGAGCAUUCUCAGGGCCGAGAGAAGUAUCAUGCGCAGACUAGAAGUCCAUCUGAUGGAAGUGAUGUUCGAUGGUAUUUUUGCAAGGUGCCUUUGGCUGAAAAUGAGUUAGCUGCCUCAAUUCCUCGCACUGAAAUAGUGGGAAAGGGUGAUUAUUUUCGUUUUGGUAUGAGAGAUUCUCUUGCAAUAGAGGCAUCUUUCUUGCAGAGAGAGGAAGAGUUGCUCUCUAGCUGGUGGGGAGAGUACGCAGAAUGUAGUGAAGGUCCGAGGAGUCGACCGACGUCCAGUAAGAAAGAUAUGCAACAAAGUGGAUAUUCUCUAGAGGGUGCUAUAGCAGCUCAAUUAUAUGAAGUGGAAGAGGAGAGAGUCGGUGUGCCUGUAAAGGGAGGACUCUAUGAGGUAGAUCUAGUGAAGAGACAUUGUUUCCCUGUUUACUGGAAUGGAGAAAAUCGGCGUGUUUUAAGGGGUCAUUGGUUCGCUCGUAAAGGAGGCCUUGAUUGGUUGCCACUUCGUGAAGAUGUUGCAGAACAAUUAGAGAUUGCAUAUCGUAGCAAGGUUUGGCAUCGGAGGACAUUUCAAGCAUCAGGGCUGUUUGCAGCUCGUGUUGAUUUGCAAGGCUCUACUCCAGGACUUCAUGCACUUUUUACGGGAGAAGAUGAUACUUGGGAGGCUUGGCUUAAUGUUGAUGCUUCUGGUUUUUCUGGUAUCGUUACCUUAAGUGGAAAUGGGGUUAAGUUAAGGCGUGGUUAUGCAGCAUCUCACUCUGCAAAACCAACCCAGGAUGAGCUUCGACAGCAAAAGGAAGAAGAGAUGGAUGAUUAUUGUUCACAGGUUCCUGUUCAACAUCUUGUUUUUAUGGUUCAUGGUAUUGGUCAAAGGUUGGAGAAAUCCAAUUUGGUUGAUGAUGUGGGUAAUUUCCGCCAUAUCACAGCAAGUCUUGCUGAACAACACCUUACUGCACACCAACGUGGUGCUCAGCGAGUCCUUUUUAUCCCAUGCCAGUGGAGAAAGGGCUUGAAGCUUAGUGGUGAAACUGCAGUUGAAAAGAUUACGUUGGAUGGUGUACGUGGUUUGCGUGUCAUGCUGAGUGCAACAGUACAUGAUGUAUUAUACUACAUGAGCCCCAUCUAUUGUCAAGAUAUUAUUAACUCGGUAUCAACCCAAUUAAACCGCUUAUAUUUAAAGUUUAUUAAACGCAAUCCUGGUUAUGAUGGAAAGGUUUCUAUUUAUGGCCAUUCUUUGGGAAGUGUCCUUUCAUAUGACAUCCUCUGCCAUCAGGAGAAUCUGUCCUCUCCAUUUCCAAUGGAUUGGAUGUAUAAGGAGCAUGGGGGUAAUGAAUCUUCUCUUGGUAUGAAUAACAAAUCUUCUGCACGUGACUCUUCAGCCAGUGCAGAGAGUGACAACAAUGUACUAAACGAGGCAUCAGACAAAGUGGAUGAUGUUCAUGAAGAAAUGAUGAGUGAACAAUCAACUUUAGUUUGUCCAGAUGAACAAGCUGCAGAUUCUUCCUCAAUCUCAAAACCACGAGUGUCAGAUUCAGAAUUACCAGCAGUUGCAGUGGAUUCUAAUCAGAGAAACGAUGACAAAGGUGACUGUGAAUUGGGUAAUGAUUCCACUGACAUGCUUUCUCAGGGAAGGGAUUAUUUAGUUAAAGCUACAGAGGUGGAAUUUCAUGACCAAGUUAAUGGUUUGGACGAAAUGGUAGCAGAGGACUGCAACGAUGCUGAGGAUAAAGAUAAAACUAUCAAAUUGCUAAGAGAAGAGAUUAAUUCCCUAAAAGCCAAAAUAGCAGAACUGGAAUUGCAAUUCAAUGGUAGAGAUACAACUGGAUGUUUGCAUAGAGAAAAUAUAAUUGAUGUUGCAACCACACAAAAGCAACCCAUUCCAGAGAAGUUGCCAUCUGGGUUAGAUGAUGAACCGAAGAGUUAUACACCUUAUAUCAAGUACACAAAGCUUGAAUUCAAGGUUGACACAUUCUUUGCUGUUGGAUCGCCUCUUGGAGUCUUCCUUUCGCUUCGAAACAUUCGUAUUGGAGUUGGCAAAGGGCAAGAAUAUUGGGCAGAGGAAAAUAUUACUGAAGAGAUGCCAGCUUGUCAGCGAAUGUUCAACAUUUUUCACCCAUUUGAUCCUGUUGCUUAUAGAGUAGAGCCACUUGUCUGUAAAGAAUACAUGACCAAACGCCCAGUUAUUAUACCUUAUCACAGAGGUGGAAAAAGGUUACAUAUUGGCUUUCAGGAAUUUACAGAAGAUUUAGCUGCUCGUUCUCAUGCGAUGAUGGAUCGUCUAAAUUUUGUAAAGAUUAAAGUGCUUACAGUUUGCCAAUCAAGAAACAAGGAUGGCCUUGAAGAGGGAGCGGAAAAUGCUGAAGAAAAAGAAGAGAGGACAUAUGGCUCUUUAAUGAUGGAGAGAUUAACCGGAAGUGAAGAAGGGCGGAUUGAUCACAUGCUUCAAGAUAAGACAUUUGAACAUCCAUAUCUACAAGCUAUUGGGUCACAUACAAACUACUGGAGGGAUUUUGAUACUGCUCUAUUUAUUUUGAAACACUUGUAUAAGGAUAUACCUGAAGAAGCCAGCUUACAUAACAUAGAUGGUGAACGCAACUCAAAAGUCGAGAGUAGUUCAACAGGAUGGACUGAUCAAAGGGAGACUAAAGAGGAGGAGCUUCCUUUGACAUUCUCAGACAGAAUGAUGGUUAAAAGCUUUUCGAGAAAAGCUAAAAGGUUUAUGAAGAAUACAUGAAUGCUAUAAGGAGUCCUCUUAUUGAUGCAUGCUGGAUUUCAAUGCAACCGACGCCCUAAACCAACAUCUACUGAAGCUUACACUAAUUGUAUACUCGUAGAGCUGAAUUAUCACGCCUCAAAAUGAAGAUGAUGUUACACAGUACGAUUAGAAAUUAAAAGAACUAUUAGAAGGAUACGUAUUCAAGAAUUUGUUAGUUGCAUGUAGACAUUUCUGAGCAGUUAAAUGGCCGUUUUAUAUUUGUCUGUACAUAAAAGGAGAUAUAGGAAAUUGGCAAAAAUGUAAAGCGAACCUAUCAUAUAAUGUGUAUAUCUAUGCUGCAAAAGAUGAAUACCAUAGAGUGUACAAUUCAGAGUUGCGAACAUGACAGUUUUGUAUUUAACUCAGAUUGGUUAAUAUUGGAUUGGAGGUUUGAUUAUUUGGUAGCAAA